ACUUCUGCUGGAGCAGAUGUAGCCUGGUGAAUCUGUGAGUCAGCGGGGAUUGACGUGUGUUUUCGUGCAUGUGUGCGUGAGUGUGAGUGAGUGUGUGUGUUUGUGUGUGUGUCGUACGCCAGCUGGACAACAUCAGGAUGUCAGCGGAAAAACUGGAGAAAAACAAGACGAUAUACUUGAGAAAGAAGCACAUUGGGCCAUCUUGUAAGAUUUUCUUCAGCCAUGACCCAAUCAAGAUUGUGCAAGCCAAAGGCCAGUAUAUGUAUGAUGAAAAAGGACAACGCUACUUGGAUUGCAUCAACAAUGUUGCUCAUGUGGGCCAUUGUCACCCGGACGUGGUGAAGGCAGGAGCUCAGCAGAUGGAAUUGCUCAACACCAACUCGCGUUUCUUGCACGACAACCUUGUGCUGUACGCCCAAAGGCUGCAGGCCACGCUGCCCGACAAGCUGUCUGUCUGCUUCUUCGUCAACUCGGGCUCUGAAGCCAACGACCUGGCGCUUCGUCUGGCAUGGCAGUACACAGGCCACAAAGAUAUCAUCACGUUGGAAAAUGCGUACCACGGCCACGUCUCAUCGCUCAUUGACAUCAGCCCUUAUAAGUUCCACCAGCUGUCAGAUGCUGAGCAGAACCAAUUUGUUCAUGUGGCUUCGAGCCCAGAUGUGUACAGAGGCAAAUACAGAGUGGACCACCCUGACCCCGCCACGGCAUAUGCAGAUGAAGUCAAAGAUAUAAUACACAGAGUCAAUGAAAAGGGAGGCAAGAUUGCCGCUUUUAUUGCUGAGUCACUUCAGAGUUGCGGUGGGCAGGUCAUUCCCCCUGUGGGCUACUUCCAGCAAGUGGCAGAACAUGUCCGCAAGGCAGGAGGAGUCUUCAUUGCUGAUGAAGUCCAGGUGGGCUUUGGCCGUGUUGGCACCCACUUCUGGGCUUUCCAGCUUCAGGGAGAUGACUUUGUGCCUGACAUUGUCACCAUGGGAAAGCCCAUCGGCAACGGCCACCCCAUGUCAUGUGUGGUGACGACCAAAGAGGUGGCAGAGGCCUUUGCAUUAUCCGGGAUGGAGUAUUUCAAUACAUUUGGCGGUAACCCAGUGUCGUGUGCCAUCGGUCUGGCCGUGCUAGACGUGAUUGUGAAAGAGGAUCUCCAGGGUAAUGCUCUGCGUGUGGGGCGAUACCUGACCAAUCUGCUGGAAAAGCAGAAAGAGAAGCAUCCACUGGUUGGAGACGUCAGGGGUUGUGGGCUCUUUGUUGGAUUGGAGCUUGUGAGGGACAGGAUGAAGCUCACUCCUGCUACAGCAGAAGCUCAAGAAGUCAUAUAUAAGCUAAAGGAACAGCACAUCCUUCUCAGUGCUGACGGACCACAUCGCAAUGUGCUGAAAUUUAAACCUCCCAUGUGCUUCAACACGGAGGACGCUGACCUGGUGGUGCAGAAGAUCGACCACAUUCUUACAGAGCUUGAGGAAGCCCAAGGCUUGAAGUUGCACAGCGCAUUGAAUGUAGAGAAUAACAGCAGCAAAAGAAAGCUGCCAACUGAUGAAAAUGGACACCAGUAUCACAGUGGGUUAGUACACAACAAAGGGAGCACAACAGGAGUUCCUCAAAAAACCAAAGAAACCAAACGUGUCAAGACAUAACGCUACGUACGAAUAGAGACAGCUGUGAAAUGAUAUCACCUGAUCUCAGAUAACCGUCAACAGACAGAAAUAAAUAGUGAUGUGUCUUAGUAUGAAACCAAAUGGGGACGUGAUAUACUGCAAAUCUAUCUCAGGUUUUUGUUUUUGUUUUUAAUUGAGAAUCAAGCAUUUGUUCAACAUGUGUAUUAUGGUUUCACUUCAUUGUUUUAAAAAAAAUUAUCUUGAUUGCGUAGAAGUUAUCCUGCUAGAUAAGUUGGAUAUUCUUUUUUUAAUUUUUGCCAACAUUUACUUGACCAUGACUUUCAGGGAAUCAGUAUUUUAAUAAAUCAGAAACUCUUCUGUCAAAACAUUCAAUUGUGUUAUAAUGUGACUUUAGCAUUAAAACAGUUUUUACUGAUUUAUACACAUUGCUCACUGUAGUUGGAAAUCAGGAGUACCAGUACAGUCUGUGGUGAAUCUAUCCAUAUUGAAUAAAAUACUUUAUGAAUAUA